AUGGAAGUCUCUAACCUCUCAGGCGCCACCCCUGGCAUCGCCUUUCUCCCGGGGCCAGAGAGCUGCAGUGACAGCCCAAUUUCCGGCAGGGGCGUGGGGUCCACCCCAGGAGGGCUCAUCUUGCCAAGCCCGCCCUUCUCUGUCUUCACCGUGCUCGUGGUGACUCUCUUGGUGUUGCUGAUCGCUGCCACUUUCGUAUGGAAUCUGCUAGUUCUCGUGACCAUCCUGCGCGUCCGCACCUUCCACCGCGUGCCACAUAACUUGGUGGCCUCCACAGCCGUCUCGGACGUGCUCGUGGCGGCCCUGGUGAUGCCGCUGAGCCUGGUAAGCGAGUUGUCGGCUGGGCGACGUUGGCAGCUGGGCAGGAGUCUGUGCCACGUGUGGAUCUCCUUCGACGUGUUGUGCUGCACGGCCAGCAUCUGGAACGUGGCGGCCAUCGCCCUGGACCGCUACUGGACCAUCACGCGUCACCUACAGUACACGCUGCGCACCCGGCGCCGCGCUUCGGCGCUCAUGAUCGGGGUCACCUGGGCACUGUCCGCGCUCAUCGCGCUCGCCCCGCUGCUCUUUGGCUGGGGCGAAGCCUAUGAUGCUCGGCUGCAGCGCUGCCAGGUGAGCCAGGAGCCCUCCUAUGCCGUCUUCUCCACCUGCGGAGCCUUCUACCUGCCUCUGGCGGUGGUGCUCUUCGUCUACUGGAAGAUAUACAAAGCCGCCAAGUUUCGCGUCGGCCGCAGACGGAGGGCUGUGGUGCCCUUGCCUGCCACCAUGCAAGCAAAGGAGGCACCUCAGGAGGCCGAGAUGGUAUUCACGGCACGUUGCAGGACCACGGUGACCUUCCAGACAAGCGGAGACUCAUGGCGGGAGCAGAAGGAGAAGCGAGCGGCCGUGAUGGUGGGGAUCUUGAUUGGCGUCUUUGCGCUGUGUUGGAUCCCGUUCUUCCUGACGGAGCUCAUCAGCCCGUUCUGUGCCUGUAGCCUGCCACCCAUCUGGAAAAGCAUAUUCCUGUGGCUCGGGUAUUCCAAUUCCUUCUUCAACCCCUUGAUUUACACAGCUUUUAAUAAGAACUACAACAAUGCCUUCAAGAGCCUCUUCACUAAGCAGAGAUAA